AUGUCUGGGCCAGCACAAACACCAGGCGCACCUCAAGCGCCAGGCUAUCAAGGACCUGCACCAACACCCCCAGCUCCAACACACGCAGCAGCAACCGCCGCGACAGGCCAAAGUGGCUCAUCUGGAGGCCCAAUGUCGAAUCAGAACCUCAACCAGAUUGUCACGGACUACUUGCUCAAAAGGGGGUUCAACCGAACCGAAGAGGUGUUUCGUCAGGAAUCUAAACAUCUCGGCCCCGAUGGCAAGCCUAUCUAUCAACUGGCCAACCUCGGCCCCAAAAAGUACCAACGAGCCUUUGGACUUCUACGUGAGUGGGUCGAGAACAACUUGGACAUAUACAAGUUCGAACUGUCCAAGCUGCUAUGGCCCGUCUUCGUCUAUUCUUUCCUGGAACUUGUCCAGCAUGCCUACACUGAAGAUGCUAAGGCUUUCCUCAGAGACAUCGGGCCCAACUUCCAGCCGGUACACGCGGAUGAUCUCAAGACCCUUGGUACCAUUACACUACCACAGCACAUAAACGAGAACCCCAUGACAAAGCUGUAUCGGGAAAACAAGUACCGAAUCCCCCUGAACCAACAUGCCAGCGGUGAUCUUUUUAACUUUCUGGAGCGUGAGUCUGAUCAGGGUGGUUCCGUGAUUCGCCAAGUCCUGGCAACCUACUGCCAGAUUGAUUCUACAGCUCGUGGACCUAUUACCCCCUUCAGUUUCGAAGCUGUUUACAGAAGGUCAAGGAACAUGGAGAUAGAGAGCAUAGAUACCAACGAAGGUAUCCCGGGCGUCAAUAUUGGCUUGUCGAACAAGGACGUUCUCGACCCAACUGCUCCCCUGAAGCUUGGACCACUUCCUAUGGAUGCCGACCUGCGCGACGAUGUGCGAGCUGAGCUUGAGGAAGAGGAGCGACGAAUUCCGCCCCCUCCCGGAAAAACAUCGCUAGUGGAUGAGUUCGACCAAAAAAUCAAACGUGAGGAGAGUGCAGAUGCCCCAAGCAGAGCAGAGCUACCCUUACCACCCUCAAGGCCGAGGGACAUCAUGCUAGAAAUGCAAAAGCUUCGAGAGAAUCGCGACCGAUUCAAGAUCGACGGGGCGACGGGGGGCGUGGGAGUCCCUAUCAGCGCAUGCAUGUUUACAUUCCAUAACACGCUUGGAAGUGUUGCAUGUAUGGACUUCUCCAACGAUGGACAAUUAGUGGCAGCUGGUACCACGGAAUCUUACAUUCGUGUUUGGUCGCUGGAUGGUAAAGCCUUACCCACGAUGAACGCGCACGAGAAAGAAGCCAAGUUCAACAGCCGCAAAUUGAUCGGACAUUCCGGACCCGUUUACGACGUGUCCUUCUCCGAUGCUGUUUCUGGCCCUCCGCAGAAGCUCUUUGGCGACGAAGGGAAGUCGAACCCUGCCAUGGACACGAGACCGAAGCUGCUGCUAUCUGCAUCUGCGGAUGGCCAGAUUCGUCUGUGGUCACUAGAGUCUUGGAGUUGCCUGUGUCUUUACAAGUCCCACGAUGGACCAGCUUUCAGGACACUCUGGGGUCCCCAUGGACACUAUUUUAUCAGUGGAGGAUACGACAAAGCUGUUCGACUGUGGAUGCAAGAUCAUGCUUCCCCUCAACGAUUGUUGGUUGGGCAUGACACGUCCAUCUCAGCACUUGCAUGGCACCCUAAUGGCCUCUAUGUCUUCUCCGCCUCUGACGAGACUGACAAGUCGAUCCGUAUGUGGUCUGUCGUAACUGGCGGUUGUGUCCGCGUGUUCACAGGCCACAACGAAUAUAUCACCGCCUUGGAAUGCGCGCCAAAUGGUAAGAUCCUAGCAAGUGCCGAUUGUGCAGGUAACAUCUUCUUUUGGGACCUUGCGAAGGGAACACGCAUCAAGCGGUCACGUGGCCACGGUAAGGGCGGAAUUUGGUCACUCAGCUUCAGCGUUGAAUCCAACGUGCUUGCUUCUGGUGGUCAAGAUGGCACAGUCCGACUCUGGGAUGUCGAGCUGCCUUCUGAUCCCCAAAAGGCGAGCCAGCAACAGACAGGCCUCGAUACGACAGCAACAGGGGCUGAUGGCACAAGCGCAGGAGGCACUGCUGGUGAAGCUUCUCGCGUGACAGCCGGAACUUCAGGACCAGCGGGUACCAGCGGCACCACCGGAACUCAUAAGAAAAAGAAUAAGGAGGUGAUGAUCACUCCCGAUCAGAUCAGCGCGUUCCCGACGAAGAAGACACCAGUGAUGAAGGUCAAGUUUACACGGAUGAACUUGGUAAUUGUAGGCGGCUGUUACGACCCCGAACGUUAG